AUGUCCCUGGCUCAGCGGGUGCUCCUUUCAUGGAUCUUUGCCCUGAUCUUCCUCAUCAUGCUGGUCCUCAAGUUGGACUCCAAAAUCCAGUGGAGCUGGUUCCUCAUCUUCCUCCCCGUGUGGACCUUCGACACCAUCCUCAUCCUCAUGCUGAUGGUGAAGAUGGCAGGGCGCUGCAAGCCGGACUUUGACCCCAGGGACGGCGAGCAGAGCCUGAGGAGGAGGCUGUGGUAUCUGACCGCCCUGCUGCUGAAGCUGGCCUUCUGUCUGAGCCUGUGCUCCCGCCUGGAGAGGCUCACCGACAUGCUGGUCAGCGUGGUGUGUGUCCCCCUGUGGGUGCUGCUGGGCGGCGCUCUGGUGGAGCUGGGACACAGCGUCCUCAACUACAGGACAGAUUGA